AAUGGCCAAAGCUCCGGGAGGCACAGACGCUCCGCUUACUUGGAGGCUGGAGCAGCAAGCGAGCCCACUCCGAGCGCCGGAGCGCACAGCAAGCAAGCAGGCAGGCGGCAGGCAGGCAGGCGGCGAACGACCUCUCUCUCUCUCGCUCUCGCUCUGCUUGCGCUGCUCCGCCCCUAUAAAUAACUGAGCGCCAAGGAACUUUCCCAAGUCAGAGAGACUUUAAGGAAGAGAAGAUUCCGCACCUAUCGCCAAAUGGUCCGGAGGAACCAGCCGCGGCAAGAGCGCUCGACCGGCAGCGGCAGCGUCUGAAGCAACUCUUCGCGAUUUUUAUUUGUGUGUGUGUGUGUGUGAAGAAGGGGGCUCGGAAGCCCCUUCCCCCGAUUUCGGACGGGAGUUUCAGGAGCCGGGCAAAGGAAGGCAAAGAGGAACUUGCCGGCGUCUCCUCGGUCGGGCGCUUGCAAGGUCCCCGCCCUCUCGCUCUGGAGGCAUCGGAGGGGGGUCGUCUCCGGUGGCCGAGGUUCCCCUUCGUGCCCCCCGCUCCCCUCCUCUUGCUUUCAUGCAACGCCUGGUAGCCUGGGAUCAGGCAUGCCAUCCCCUCCAGCCCGCGGCCUUUAAAUCCAUGGAAGUGGCCAAUUUCUAUUACGAGGCGGACUGUCUGGCUGCCCUGAACAAGCUGCACCCGCGGGCGGCGGGGGCCCGCUCCAUGACCGAGCUCACCGUGGGGGAUCACGAGAGAGCCAUCGACUUCAGCCCUUACCUGGACCCUUUAGCAUCGCAGCAGCAGCAGCAGCCACAGCAGCAGCAGCAGCCGCCGCCUUCUUCCACGGCAGCAGGGGGCAACUUUGAGCCUGUUUGCAGCAGCGGCGGCGGCGGGAGCAGCGGCCAAGAUUUCCUCUCCGAUCUCUUCUCCGAGCAGGACUAUAAAGGCGGCGGGAAGAAGCACCCCGACUACGCUUACAUCAGCCUGAGCAGGCACGGCCACCACCCACCCGUCGGACAGAACCACAAAGCCGGGCCGCUGCUGGGUUGCUUCCCGCCGCAGAUGGUGGAGACCAAAGUGGAGCCGGUCUUCGAGCACUUGGAUUCUUGCAAAGGGGGCCGCAAGGAAGAAGGCGGCGGAGGAGGAGCAGGGCCCGGCCUGGGGGGAAUGUCCUCGCCUUACGGCAGCACCGUCCGCUCCUAUUUGGGCUACCAGUCCGUGCCGAGUGGGAGCAGCGGGAACCUCUCCACCUCUUCGUCUUCCAGCCCGCCUGGCACCCCGAACCCGUCCGAUUCCUCGAAAUCCGCCUCGGUCGGAGGAGGAGGAAGUGGCGGCGGCGGCGGCGGCGUUUACCCGGCAGGCCCCGGCGGCGGCGGCAGCAGCGGCAAGAACAAGUCCAAGAAGUCGGUGGACAAGCACAGCGAGGAGUACAAGAUCCGCCGCGAGAGGAACAACAUCGCCGUGCGCAAGAGCCGCGACAAAGCCAAGAUGCGCAACCUGGAGACGCAGCACAAAGUCUUGGAACUGACGGCGGAGAACGAGAGGCUGCAAAAGAAAGUCGAGCAGCUGUCCCGGGAACUCAGCACCCUCAGGAACUUGUUCAAACAGCUGCCCGAGCCGCUUUUGGCCUCCUCCGGACAUUGCUAGCCUUUCCCCCUCCCCGUUGACCUCCCCCCCUCAACAGCUGGACGCCGCUGGAAACAAUGCUGUGGUUUGGGCAGGCGGAGGGUUGUGGGGGAGGUGAGGCUUCCGGGAAGGAAUGAAGCGGUGCGUAUGUGUGUGUAUGUGUGUGAAGGGGGUGGGUGCAUCUGCCCGUCUUUUCAGGACUAGCGCGGGUCGGAGGGGGGGGGAAGAGAAAGUCCCGAGGGGGCUUUGCAUAAAUAUAAAUUAUAUAUAUAUUAUAUUUUUGGCCUUUAAUUCGCGCUCCUUGAUGAUGGGAGAAACCUUCCGCCCUAAGCCCCUUGCAGUACGACUCCUUCGGCUGGCGGGGGGAGUUCUUUAGAUCUCUGCGCGACUUCAUGGAGAAAUCCAUAGUUUUCCAACUUCAUUAUUUUUUUCUAAGAAAAAAAAAAGCCGAUACCAAACUCAGCAUAAGAAGCCAUUUAAUAUCCAAUAUGAUUGUCUUUGCAAAGGGUUUUUUUGGGCGGGUGGGCGGGUAGGGAGUUUGAGUGCUUAGUGUUAUUUAAAUUGAACAAAUAUAUAUAACAUAAAGGAGAGAAGAGAGUUCAGAAUGAUGCAAUCUUUUAAACAUGGCUGGGAACACCAGCUUAUACAUGAUGCAACCUCAUGUAACUGUCAGUCAUGGAUUGAGUAAUCUGUUAAAGAUGUUCCUACUGGUUUUUUUUAUGAUAAAGAAUGAUCUAUUUCUAUAAGGAAAAAAAGACGUAUGUAUAUUUUGGGAUCUAUGCAUUCUUGCUACAUAUGAAGCAUUAAUGAACAAUUUUAAUAAAACUUUAUUGCUAGGAUGGAAAACGAGUUUGUUAUUUGUAAGGUGCUGACAUCCCUAAUAUUGUACCUGCUUUUCCUCUGCAGGAAUUCGGAGGGAGGGGGAGGGGGAAAUCUGGAGUCAGUAAUAUAAGUAGGAGCCAUCCCAUCAGUUUAAAGAAAGGAAGAUGUCUUCCCAAGCCUUUGGUUUUGAGGGUGUUUAACAAAAUCAAAUGAGAUUGUUAGAAAAGAAUUGGAGCAAAAACCACUCUCAACUGCUCUGUUCCUUUCUCUAAUUAUUAAAUUGUUUAUGGAUCUGAGUGUCACUACAAAUCAGGGUGAGAUAUUGGAAAGCAGUAUAAGUUUGUGAUGAAAAAAAUAAUGAAUGUGCCUUUAACCUGUUAUUUAUCUAUUGUGCCUGAUGGAAAGAGAAUACAUUUAAUCUGUGCAGUUUACUAAAAGUGGGGGAAUAUUUCAGUAAUGAUAAUUUUAGAAAGCAUGCAAAUAUGUUUCAUCGAGUGUGAGUUUUUCUUUAUAACAAAUCUACAUGCAAAAAAAAUAAUGGAAGAAACUUUUGUAGUUUCUAAAGUUUUUCUAAAAAGUCCAUAAGCAUAGGAAUUUCAGAAAGCAGGUAGAAUGCGGGAUCGGACUCUCACCGUUAUUUUGUUUGAAUAAAUUCAUUCUGCUUCUAAGAUCUUUCAGCUUUUAAAGAACAGCUGUUAUGCUUCUAGAGGUUCACAUAAUUUGCUUAUUAAAAGUCCUGAAAAACUGGAGUAAUGCCCUUCCCUUUAGGAUAAACUAUAGCAAAAAGAUGUUGCAGCACAAAUACGAUCCAUGUCUCCCAGCCUAGCAUUUGCUGUUUGCUGUAUUAAAUCAGAUGCAAAUUGUGUUAAUUGCAGCUACAAAGCAAAAGCAAUUAACUUCACCCUUUGGCUCUUUCCAGAUUUUCAAUGUUGCCUUACACACCUGAACUACCGCUGCUCCCUUCCCCAUUUAUUUUCUUAUUGCUAAUGGUUCAUGAGUUCUCCGGCAGUUAGCAUUGAGGAGAUUGCAUGUGUGAAUGGAGGCUAGUGAACCUAUGGUGAAGGCAGUUGUGAAUCUGCUCCUGAUAAUAGCCUGAAGGAUUUCUCUGGAAUCUGAACAUUCUUGGCUUCUGCUCCUUUGCUUAUUGCAUUUGUGUCACUUGUGAAAUGUUAACAGAGGCUGGAAUUUAUUGUAUGUGUAUGUGUAUCUUGGAGGCCUAGAUAAAGAAGUUGAACUUACUCAGCGUUUUCUCAUAUAGUAAGAUUUUAUAAGUACUUCUAGACUUUUCUCGUGAGAGCCAGUUUGACAUAGUGGUUAAAGCAUCAGAAUAGAAACGGGGAGACCGAAUUUAGGUGUCCCUUGGGCACAAAAUCAGUUGGGUGACCUUGGGUCAGUCCCUUUCUCUUAAACCUAGAAAGGAGGCAGUGGCAAAAGUCUGCUGAAAACCUUGCCAAGAAAACUUGUUCAGGCAGUCUCAAGAAUCGGGCCAGACUAAGGGAAGAAAAAAGAUUUGCAAACUCAAGUAGGGUGGACAGAAAUCUUUUAACCCUUCUUUUUAUGCCCAAUAUCUUUUUGGUAAAAAAGAACAAGGAGCACUUCUGAAUGCACUUCUUCUUCCUGAUGUAACUAUGUUUCAAUUAGCAACAGGUAAAUGGCCUUACGGAGGAAUGGAGUUUGGCUUUUACCUACCACAGUCUUAAGGACCUUCCCAAUAUCAACCUCUGCAACUUCCAUAACCUUUUUUCCAAGGAAUCUCGGCUAGGACUAGGUAAGAUUCUUCUUUCACUGAUCAAUGAGACAUUUUCUAAGGACUAUAUUAAAAAUGUGUGGGGAUUUCUUCACUCAUCACGUAGGUUGUGAGCAGGUUGCUGCAAAAAAACAACAGGAAAAUAUAUUUCUCUAGGCUAAUUAAUCCCCUUUCAAAGUACCAUGAAAUAUUUUUUUCUUGAACCUGAGCUGGAGUAGCUUUAUGCAGUUCAGUUGCUGUUCCUCUUGGACUUUUAUUCUGAGAAGUAAUUGGCAUUCAUUAAGUCUCAUGGAAACUUACUAGACAUCAGAAUGAAUGCACAGGGUUGGUUUUGCGACAGCAAAAUACACUUCAACAGAACUAAAAUUCCCAUAAGUAGGAUCUUAGGCUCAGUCUGAUAAUUGAAAAAAAAAACACCCCCAAAGCCUAUGUUGUACAUGUAAAAUACACUUUGAAUACAUUAAAAAAAAACCUAAGUAACUUUGCAUCAAGUGGUUUGUUGCAAAAAAAAUUUCCUCUGUUACUUUUGAAAGUUUUCAUUUUCAUCUUUUUCUUCAGGUAUUGAUUUCCUAGAAAUAGAAGACAACCAUAAACUAAGAACAGACUGACUAGCUCAUUCUGCCCAGCAGGGUUUUAAGACCAGUAUUUCUUGAAUAGCAACUGUUAUGCUGCAUAGCAAAAAUUGUUCGCAAUAUCAUAUGGAGGAUCUCCAUAGGGGUGAAAGCAGAUAUUUGUUAGCUAUACGAAAAUCUUUGGCCAAACCUAAAGUAACUUUCAUGAUUGUGGACUUUGGUUGCAAUCUGGUUUCAUUAAAAUAAAAAGGGGCACAAUCUCAAAAGAGCUUCCUGUCCUAUAUUCUCUUUUUUUUUUACUGGCCUUAAAAAAACACCUUGCUUAUUUCAGUGUUUUAGACAAGAGUGAUACAAUAAUUGAGUCCAAAGCAUACCACGUAAUUAUUCUUUAGUCUUUUGUGAUUAUUUCCCACUUACUGAAACUCUGUGAGCAUUGCUAAAGUACAGGUGUCCUAUUCCAUACGAAGUACUGUUCACUGAAUUAUGUAGAUUUGUAAAUUUGAGUAGAAAAUUGUGAAUUUCAAACGGCAUUUAGAUUCCCCAAGUUUGAUUCUUCAGUUGCAGCAACAGAUCAGUUGCUUCCUAAAAAAUAACUAAAAUUACUUUUUGUUUAGGAUGUUUUCUUGCUUCCUUUCAUCAUUUCCUUAGAUCUUGUUUUCUUUCUGUAAGGAGCCUCCAAAUAGUUAUGGGAUAGUGAUCCGUCAUUGUAGAAUACCAAUAUUGCUGCAGUAGAUUCAACUUUAUAAAAAUGUGAAGCUACAAUGAAUCUGCUAGUCUUUUAAUCUGUAAGAUCUACAAGAUCCUUUCCUUUUUUUUACUCUGCAAUUGUACUCGGAAUCAACUCUGGAAAAAUUUACUAAUAUGUUUUUAGAAGCGCUUAACUAGCAAAUUAUUAGAAGCACUGUGGGAAUAGUCUCAAGACAGAAUGUACAAGCAAUUAAUAAGGCAGUUAAUUUAUUUGUUAUGUUUAUGCCUACUUUUGCAUUAUGGAACAGUAUAGCUUACCAUAUUUAUCCAACAAGAAAAUGCUUUCUACACAGUAGCAGUUUAGGCAGAACUUGUCUGCUUUCAUGACUUAAUUUUCAGCAACUCAAGAGAUGUCACCACUGUCUACCACCUUUUUAACCUUUGAGGGAAAAAUUAGCCUUUUAUUCAAAUGAAUAAAAUAAUUGUGGCUGUCCGAUUUUCUGCCUCCCGAGUAAAAUCCAGAAAAUAUCAGUCUCUUUUCAGUUGAUUUGUCUAUUUUAGUAUAACUGAUAUCCCCAAUAUUUGACUGUGAAAGCAACCGAAAAACUGUGUACAUGGGGUUGGAGUGAUUGUGUUGAAAUGUACUAUAGUCAUUCUCUUGUACAAUCAAUGUUAGCAGUUCCACAAUUCUUUAAAUAAGAAAAAAUAUUUGUAAUUAAAUUUGAAUUUCAGCUUCAGUCCGCUAAUCUGAAGUUAUUGUUCUGUGGACAAUAAUACAAAAAACAAGACGCAGGAAUUAAAAAUGGAGGGAAAAGAAGAAAGAAGCAAGCAAGUUUAAGAACUUAAGCAAGUUCUCAAAAUUAGCCAGUCCUUAAACAUUUGGAAAUCAAUUUACAGAAUGGCUUUAUACUUUGAGAAUAUGGGAUUGGGCAUAUGUUUAAUAGUCUGAAAUAAACCAAAAGUUAUUGUUUAAGUCUGCUUAAAUAAAGCACUAUUUUAUUUCA